AGGAAUGAAUCAUGUGUGUGAUGCAAGUUCCGUAUAAAGUGAAGCGUUAUUAUUGGCUGGCGUUAUUUCUGUUUCACAGCUGACUAACUCGAGCAGUGGAGUCGGGUGGAUUUGAGGGAUUUUCUCGCUGUAUCGCGAGUGUCGAAAGUGAAAGAGUUCAGAUGAAGCGUCCGGGCGUCGUGCCGUAACGCUAUAAAGUUAACUUGUGUUAGCGUUCAAACACAGCGAUCAUGGACACGCCCGGGUUUAGAGCGAUGUUACUAGAGAUAUCCAAUAAACUUUCCGUGGAGAAUGUGGCGAGUUUAAAGUUUUUGUGCACAGAGUACAUCGGGAAGAAAAGGCUUGAGAAAAUCGAUAAGGGAUUUGAACUUUUCGAGUGCUUGAUGGAAAGAGCUGCCAUUGGGGCCGAUAACACGGACCUGUUGCGGAAACUCCUGAAUGACAUCGGUCAGACAGCUCUUCUCGAAAUUCUACAGGAUUAUGAGACCGGAAGCAGAAGCCCCGAUGAUGGACUGGAGGAGAAACACCGAGAAGACAUAAACAUCGCAACUGAAGUAAUAGUUGAACACCUGGGCAAAAAGUGGCGUCAACUUGGCAGAAAACUGGGACUUCAGCAGACUCAGCUGGAAGGAAUCCAGGAGAAACACAGCCGCGAUCUCGAGGAACAGGUCCGGGAACUGAUCCGAGUGUGGAUGAAGAUCCAGAGAGAAAACGCCAGGGUGAAGGAGCUCAUUCAAGCUCUCCGAGACUGCAAACAAAACCUCACCGCUGACCUCGUGGAGAAAAAGCUCCGAGAGCCUUGAACAUCAUCAGCACACAGCGCUUGUGUUAUAAAGGAUUGAUAAUGUGAACUUAUGUUUUUAAAAAUGCAAAUGAACAUUAAAUCUUCUUGAAUUAAUUUUUGGUGCACAUUAGUUCAAACGAUUAUGUAAUGCAUAUUAAAAUGUGAUUAUAUUGCAGAAAUGGAUAAUGUCUUCUUAUUAGCAACACACUUCAGAAUUCCGGAUUUAGCAGUUUUUACAGAACACACUCCUCAUACACCGCUGUUCUUGUAUCUACUGUUUUAAAUAAUUUGUAUUUAAAAGAAUCUAAUUAAUAAUAAAGGGACUGAUGUAUGAUUGAAUAA